AUGCCAGAAACUAGCUACCUAACUGUCAAAGACUUUGAUUCUGAACGUUAUCAUGACGUUCGUCCUUCUUACCCACAAUCUUUAGUAGACAAAAUUAUGGAUUACCAUAAGGGUUCUUGCAAUGAAUUAAUUGAUAUAGGUUGCGGAACUGGUAUCAGUACUGUUCAAUUCGCAUCCCAUUUCAAACAUACUGUCGGAUUAGACCCCUCUGAUAGUAUGCUAUCAGAGGCUAAGAAAAAUUAUCCCAAAUUAGAAUUUGCCUCUGUUAAUGGUGAAGAGUUGGUUAAAGGUGGUAUUAAACCAGGCUCUAUCGAUAUGGCCAUUGGUGCCGAGGCUAUUCAUUGGUGUGACCUAGACAAGGUCUUUGAUCAAGUUAACCAAGUGUUAAGACCAGAAGGUACUUUUGCAUUUUGGUUUUAUGUUCAACCUGAGUUCAUUGAUUUGGGACGUGCUGCCCAUGAUUUGUACGUGAAAUACUGCUGGACCGAUGAAUAUAUGGGUAAGUAUUUAACUGAUUACCAAAGAAAGUUUUUUACUAAUUUUGGUGGGAAUGACGUCAAUGUUAAAUUAAACAAAUACGGUUUUAAGGAUAUCUAUCAUGAAAUUGUUAAUGAAUUUAAGGAUGAUGGAUUGUUUACUAACCAAAGCAUUCCAUCUUUUUUGAUGAAAGGUACUAUUACUUUGAAUGAUUUUAAGGGAUUUGUUCAAAGUUGGAGUCUUUACACUAGCUGGGUAAAAGAUCAUCCUGAUGAACCUGAUAUCGCAGAUCAGUUUAUUGCUGAAUUUCAACAACAAUGCCAUAUUGAUUCGUUGACCCAACCUUUAAAGAUCGAAUGGGCAACUUUUUACUAUCUAUGUAGAAAAUAA